AUGAUAAAGCGAAAUAAUAAUGAGUAUACAGCUGAAUUUGUUAAACUUGCUACUGAGAUAAGCAAUAUUGGAACAAUUUCACUUUCAGCAACCAUCGAAUGUGCUAAAGUGAUAGCAACAUUCUUUACUGGAGAAAUACCAAAACAUUGGUUAUCAACAGGAACUCUUUCUCAAUGGAAUAAAGAAGUUGCCAGGAUAUUGCUUAAUCAAAAUCAACCAGAAAACCCAAAUUUACCUGCAUAUUCGUAUGGUGUAAUGGCUGAUGAAAGUACACGAGGAGAUAAAAAGGUGUUUUUGGUUUGUUUUGCAUAUUGGAAUAAGCAUAAAAAUCAGCUGAUGAUUACUCUUGCAAAAAUUAUAGAUCUAAAUAAAUGCAGCGGAGCUAUUAUAGCUAAAACAGUAAAAGAAACAUAUAAAGAAAAUAAUCUAGAUCCAGCACUAUGUGGAUUUUGGCUUACCGAUAAUACAGCAUACAUGUCAGGAAAUAAAUCGGGAGCCAUCGUUAAAUUUAACUUGCAAGCAAAUGCAUCUUCGAAUUAUUAA